AUGAAACUCAGAUCUGAUCAGAAAGACGGCAAAGAUUGCUCAAGUCCGGGCAGUGACGGCUCACAGAACCGUCCCCGUGGCCCGCCGCAGUCACAGGAUGCUCGUCGCGCGGGUCGAGGGAUAGUGAAUCCACCCAGUGGCGGACAAAUGACGUGGGGAGGCCCAGCGAGGUUCACUGGGCCGCCGGGAAUGCCGCAACAGCACACCUACCAGGGAAACACUCGGGUACAGCAGCAACAACAACAACAGCAGCCGCAUCCGGGUCCUCCUCAGCCGCAGCAAAACCCAUCUCACCAGCAACACGAAACUUUCCAGAACAAGGAGAAAAUGGACCAGUCCGGUCGCGGCUCGAUCAAGAAGCUAAUGGAUGCGCCGCGUCCGAAUAGCAACGAAACGCCGCGAGUUGGGGCUGGCACUCCGGGUGCGCAGAUAAGCGGGCCCAUGGGGCAGCCGCCGAUGCAGCAAGUGCCUGUGAUGCAGAUGGGACCGCAAGGAUACCCCGUGGUUGGCGGAUUCCGCGGGAAUGGUCCGCCUCCCGUGGUCUCCUCACCUGGUUUACCUCAAGGACCUGGAUUGAUGCAUCCAGGCAACGCUGCGCUGCAAGUAAAUCAGCUUCAGCAACAAUUCCAACAACUUGGACUUGUUCAAAGACCUGAUGAACAACAAGCUGUAGUAAAUCAACAAGUUUACGGCGUGCAUUUGAUGCAACAGCAGCGUCUGCUGCAAGCACAGCACCAGUCGCAGCAACAACACUCCCAACAGCAGCCUCAAUUACAGCAGCCCAAGAUGUCGGCCAUGGCUCCUCCGCCAGGGUUCGGGCCGCCUGGUCUCCCCUCCUAUUACCAGGCCUAUGCUGCGCAACAUGCCCAGGCGCAGGCCCAACAGGCGCCACCAUUCCCCAUGCCGCACCCGUCACUUGUGCAGCAACAACAAUUGCAAGCCAUCAUCAAUGCGACGCUGUCAGCUGCCGCCGCGGGCGUUCCUGGACCUGAGGCUACGUUGCGUGCCACGCUGAAACCCGGACUGGCCGUAUACGCCAAGUACUGGGAAGACAAUAAGUUUUACCGUGCUCAUAUCGUCCAGAUGACGGAGCGUGGUUGUCAAGUGCAUUUUACGGACUACGGGAACGUGGAAGAUGUGGCGCUGAGCGAUAUCGCGCUGGCGAAUGCGGAUCCAUUUGCCGCGAUGUUGGCGGCCGCCGCGGCCACUGCUCAAAGUCCGCCUCCUGCAUCAGCCCCGUCAUACUUCUACUGAACAACCCCGGAAGGAAAAAAUAAAUGUCCGAUGCAAAUAUUGAAAAAAAAGAAAACAGAAGAGGGUGGGGCAAGGAAAGUUGAAAACAAAAAAGUGGCCUGGGCCGGAAGGAAAAGAAAGGAAAUAAAAGCGGAAGAAGAAUCCGAAGAAGAACGCGAGAGAGAAAGAGACAGAGGGAUGUCGCGGAGAAAAUGGGGUUAAUUUUUGCAGAAAAAGUAAAUCCGGCUGCGAAUUAUUUUUUAGUUCGUCUUCCUUAUUUUAUUUUAUUUUUUGUUGUUCCAGGGACUUACAUUUAUGUCUCGAGGAUUAACUCGCGACGAUCUUGUACCCUUCUCUCCCCGCUUCCCCCGCUGCCUGGUUUUCAAGUACUCCGUCGUGUAGGAAUUCGUUUUAGCGUGUCAGUGUUUUGCUCGGAAUGGUUUCGUACCGUUUUAAGGAAAGAACCGUCGUCGCUUCCGGGCUUCGUUCCCUCGGGAUGUUUGGGGGCCUGGGUCAUUCGCCGCUGAAUGCUCGGCGGUGUUUUUUUAAUUUAUCGCGUCCUUUUUGCGCGGGGGAACGAAGCGAAUGGGAUUUUUUGCGCUGCUUCUUCGCCGGUUUGAAAAAGAAGUGAAUCCUGGAAAAAAAGGUUCUUUAUGCCUAAUUUUUGAGUCGCGGAAUUUUUCCACAUUAUCCCUGUUCCGAUUAUUUAUUUUAUUUUUUUUGCACGUAGCCGGUUCCAACGUUGUUGAUGUUGUCUUGGAUGUGUUUUAUUUUUCUUGUUGUGUUCUUUCCUCAUGUUCCUCUUAUUUCGAAUGUGAAGAAAGGAAACAAUUCGCUUCGGAGGAAGAGAGGAUUUCCUGUUUUAAGUCAAGCCGGUCAAGAAAAAAAACGAAACAAAUGAAAAGAAACUUUCGAAUAUUAAAGAGGGGAGCUGUAACUGGACAAAACCGUA